GAACUGAGGAAUCUUUUCCCCGGGCUGCCGCCUGCUGGAGGGAAGGACCGUGGUCCUUCGCGCAAGAGGCGUGGCUAGGGAGCGGAAGUGCGGAGCCCGGAAGUGUCUUCCUCCGUGCCGUGGCGGGCGGGGGAAGAAAGCUUGGAGUAAAAAUGGAUUUGAAAGGGGCGAAAAAGUGGAAGAUAAAGCGAAGUGCAGAGCGGGGGGAGGACCCGGAUGCCGGCCUCGGCCUGGAUGCGGCCGGAGACUACCUGAUUGGACAGGUCGCCAAGAGCUUGCUCUCCGGCAAGCGCCCUCCUGGAACCAGCGCCGGGAGACUGGCUUCCCUCUUCAGCGCUCCGGUACCACAAGUUCGACCCAUCUACGUGCCUGUGCCUCAAGAAACAUCUAAAAGGAAAUGUGAUGAGGAAGAACAAACUACAUCUCUGAUUCAAAGACCACUUUUACAAGAUCAUGUAAAGAAAGCGAAGGUCAAGAAGAAACUUUCUGAUGCAGAGAAAAAGUUGGCAAGCAGGGAAAAUGGUUUAGCAAGUGCUGAUUUAGAAGAAGAAAUUCUCCAAAAACAAGGACAGAAAGGGAAAAAAUCUCAAUCUACUGUUAAUGUAGCAGGUAGAAAAGUACUUGAUGUAGAUCACAACUUAGAUGGAAGUCAAAGAAAGAAGAUCCCAGUCAACCAAGAAGAAGAGAAAUUAAAAAAUGAGAGGACUGUGUUUGUUGGGAACUUGCCUGUCACAUGUAAUAAAAAGAAACUGAAGUCAUUUUUUAAAGAAUAUGGACAAAUAGAAUCUGUACGAUUUCGUUCUUUGAUUCCAGCAGAGGGAACUGUAUCCAAAAAAUUGGCAGCGAUCAAGCGUACGAUUCAUCCUGAUCAGAAAAACAUUAAUGCUUAUGUUGUGUUUAAGGAUGAGUGUGCUGCUACAAAAGCAUUGAAAAGAAAUGGGACCCAGAUUGCAGAUGGAUUUCGUAUUCGAGUUGAUCUUGCAUCUGAAACUUCAUCUAGGAAUAAGAGAUCAGUAUUUGUUGGAAAUCUCCCUUACAAAGUUGAAGAAACUGCUGUGGAAGAACACUUUCUGGACUGUGGCAGUAUUGUGGCAGUGAGGAUUGUGAGAGACCCAGUUACAGGAGUUGGCAAAGGCUUUGGCUAUGUGCUCUUUGAGAACACAGAUGCUGUUCAUCUUGCUCUGAAAUUAAACAAUUCUGAGCUAAUGGGAAGAAAACUCAGAGUCAUGCGCUCUGUUAAUAAAGAAAAAUUAAAACAAAAUUCAAAUCCAGGUUUGAAAAAUGUCAGUAAAUCCAAGAAGAGACUUACCUUUGCUCCCAAAGAUUCAGAGCAGCCUAAAAAGGCGGAAAGCCAUCCUUGCAGCAAAACCUGGGUGUGCAUGCGCUGUCCGCCGCGGCUCAAGAGCGGCACCACGCGCGGCUACCGCGUGGCCCGGCGAGCUGGGACGACCGAGCCAGCGGCUGUGCGCAGGCGCUACCAAAGGCGCCCAGUGUGUGUGUUGGGGGGUGGGGUUAACCCGGAAGUGUUCCUGCGCGGUCCUUCCGGUCUUCUUCAGCGGGCUUUGGCUGCGGAGGUACCAUUGCCUCUCAGGUUUGUGGCCGACCUCUCCGGAGCGGGCCCGCUGCGCCGGGCACAGUGA